UGGGUUUCGAGAUAUAUAUUUGCUUUCGUCAUUCUAAUCCCCGUUUUAUGUGUUUCUCUGCGUGUUCAGACCCAUUUAUUAUUUCUUCUAAAUUUAAAUAUUCAGUCAUGAGAUGUACAAAUUGAUUGCUCUUACUCCAUUAAUAAUUUUAUGUAUCUUUUGGGGUUUGGAAUUGGGGUUUAUUGAUGUUCAUGGUGAACCUUUUGCCCCUGACUGUUGGAUGGUGUGCACAUAUUAAAAUGAGUUUCGCGGAGGGACAGGGCGCUGAAGCAGGGGUGGGCGGGAGGCAUAUUUGCACUCCUCUCACAAUAACAUACGCUCUCUCCUCAUACAAGUCCUACCAGCUCCAUUUGAGAGAGAGAGAGAAAAUGGUUGCCUCGCUCGAAGCUGGUGCUGUAGUUAUGCAGGCAGCCAAAGUGUGGUGGUGGAGUGGAAAUGAGUUGCAACUGACGUCUAGAGAGGGAAAAUGGCACCAUGGCCAAAGCCCAAACCCUAGUUUCUGCAACUCUUUUUCCUCAUCUAUUUUCUUCCAUUUCGGACCAUACAACUCUUCUUCCUCAGCCAUUUUCUUCGAUUUCUGCAACUCUUCUACCUCAUCCAUUUUCUUCCAUUUCUGCAACUGAGGUCAGGCUUAGAAUCAAACGAAAAGGAACUUUAUGAUGAGGACAGGUCUUAUGUUGAACAAUAAGCCGCAUUCUGCUGCGCACAUAGUGAGGUUGAAUGAUUGUAAACUACCAUCAAUAGAACCUAUGCUCAAAAGAUUUAGACACAGAGGUGUCUCAAGAUAUACUCCUAUACUUUGCUACAAGGCCAGUAUAAGGUGUUCAAGGACAUCUGGGUUUACCAACUGCCAGAGAAUCCAAUGUUAUAAUGCCCCAGCAGCCGAGUUCUUUCAUGAUGAUAAAGCUCCUCAAGAUCAUGUUUUGCCCUCCAACUCAAGAGAAGAUGCAACAAAGUAUUUUGAUUUUGUUGUAAUUGGUAGUGGAAUUGCAGGACUUCGAUAUGCUCUUGAGGUUUCAAAACAUGGCUCUGUUGCAGUGAUAACUAAGGCUGAGCCUCAUGAGAGUAACACAAACUAUGCACAAGGUGGCGUUAGUGCUGUUUUGUGCCCUUUGGAUUCUGUAGAGAGCCACAUGAGAGAUACAAUUGUUGCCGGGGCUUAUUUAUGCGAUGAAGAGACUGUAAGGGUGGUGUGCACAGAAGGGCCAGAUAGGGUUAAAGAAUUAAUUGCUAUCGGGGCAUCAUUUGAUUAUGGUGAAGAUGGGAACCUACAUCUAGCAAGGGAAGGUGGCCAUUCACACCGUCGAAUUGUACAUGCUGCUGAUAUGACUGGAAGAGAGAUUGAAAGAGCUCUGCUCAAAGCUGUUGAUAAUGAUCUUGGCAUUACUUUGUUUGAGCACCAUUUUGCUAUUGAUUUGCUGACUUCUCAGGAUGGUUUGGAAAUACGUUGUCAUGGGGUGGAUACGUUGAAUACCGAAACCAAUCAGGUGAUUCGGUUUUUAUCAAAAGUCACUCUACUUGCCUCAGGAGGUGCAGGCCAUAUUUACCCCACCACUACAAAUCCACUGGUUGCUACUGGAGAUGGCAUUGCAAUGGCUCACCGAGCGCACGCUGUCAUUUCCAAUAUGGAGUUCGUGCAGUUCCACCCCACUGCCCUAGCCGAGGAGGGGCUCCCCAUCAAGCCCGUAGACCGCGAGAAUGCCUUCCUGAUCACUGAGGCCGUGCGCGGGGAUGGUGGCAUCCUCUACAACCAAUCUAUGGAGCGGUUCAUGCCUAUGUAUGAUGACCGCGCCGAGCUUGCCCCUCGUGAUAUCGUCGCUCGGAGCAUCGAUGACCAGCUCAAAAAGCGUGGGGAGAAAUUUGUUUUCCUUGACAUCAGUCACAGACCCAAAUACAAGAUCCUCUCCCACUUCCCGAAUGUGACGGCCCAGUGCCUACGUUACGGGAUCGACAUAACCAAACAGCCCAUCCCUGUGGUCCCUGCUGCACAUUACAUGUGUGGUGGGGUCCGCGCCGGGCUUCAUGGCGAGACCUCUAUCAAGGGGCUUUAUGCUGCAGGUGAGGUUGCUUGUACUGGGCUCCAUGGAGCAAAUAGACUCGCGAGCAAUUCAUUACUUGAGGCUUUGGUUUUCUCACAACGAGCUAUUGGACCGUCUGUCGCCGCCUGUAAGGCUGCAGGCUCUGACUUGAGCAUAGGACGAGGACCAGACAUGUGGGCCUGGCCAAUAGUACCGCGACCACUGUCACAAGGGGCUCUAAGUCAGAUAAUGCAGAAGACGAGAAGCUUGAGGAGACAGUUGCAGGAGGUUAUGUGGGACUAUGUCGGGAUUGUAAGGUCGACAGAGAGACUUGAGAAGGCGAAAAGACGGCUUAGAGAGGUGGAGGGGGAGUGGGAGGGAUACUUGUUUAGGUGGGGCUGGGGACCUAGGAUGGUGGGUGUGGAGGCCUGUGAGAUGAGGAAUUUGGUUUGUUGUGCGAAGUUGGUGGUGAGGAGUGCAUUGGCAAGGCACGAGAGUCGGGGGCUUCAUUUUACAGUGGAUUUCCCACAUGUGGAGGAGAGCAUGAGGCUCCCGACAUUAAUAUUCCCCAGCUCCACAGUGGAUGUCACUUGGAGCACUCAACAGCUUCACAAGCACCCAUCUUGGUCGUUAGAUUAGAAGUUCAUUUGUAGUUUUCUUUUUUUUUUUGUAGUUUUGGGUCACGAUUCUUUUCUUUUGCCUUGAUUUGAUCCAAAAGUGCUGGGUUUGAAUCCACAACCACUAGAAUUGAAGGGAAAAGAAUCUUUCUUUUGCCUUUAUGUGAUCCAAAAGUGCUGGGUUUGAAUCUACAACCACUAGAAUUGAAGGGAAAAGCAUGGGUUGUGAUAUGAGCCCUGGGGUGAAGUGUCAUUCCAUCAUAGUUGAAUGAACUCAUUGCAUGAUUUAAUAUUCUCUGUUCUCUUUUGUCGACUUUUGUAUACUUGAUGAGAUUAGAGCCUUUCAAUAAAGAGAGGGCCAGUUCAGCUUA